GGGAUAGUCUCAGUGAUCAUUCAUCACUUGCUGGUGUGAAAGUGAACUAUCAAUCUGUCACAGCAUGAGCUCAGAGGUGAUUAAUCUGGAUUCAAUCAAUCGACAAAGUUACAACGAAACGAGUGCGUACGAUCUGUCGCAGGUUCCAAAUGGAAAAGCCAAACGGAUCUUGCGUUUGGUUUGUACAAAAGUGUGUGCUGGUAUUAUCAUUCUCGGAAUAAUUUCCAUAGUAGUCAUGUGCAUUGUUUUCAUCGUAUGCUACGAAAACGACGGAGACGUAACCCUCACUGUAAACACGCUUAAAAAGGAUUUGUCACCAGAACAAGAUUUCUGGUUCGAUAAAGCUCUGCAGGAUCUACAGCGUGCUUUCAAUGCUCCAAUAAAUACGAAAAAAGCUCAGAAUGUUAUCGUAUUUGUUGCUGAUGGUUUCAACCCGGAUGUCAUAAAUUCCGCACGUGUUCGCAGGUAUGGAGUUGACCGAGCGUUCUCAUGGGAGCACUUUCCCUAUGUGGGUGUUGUGCGGUGGAACAACACAUUAGCAGAUGGUACAGCAAUGUUUGGUGGAGUUGGAGCCCAUAGUGGCACUGCUGGGGUGGACGCAUCCGUACAAACAAAUGACUGUCCUGGUGUAAAUGAUGAACACACUCAUGUUGAAUCACUUAUUUCUUGGGCCCAGCAGUCUGAUUUGAAAACAGGAAUUGUAACCAACGGUGACUAUCGUAGAGGAAUGCCGAUUGCUCUGUACGCUCACAUUGCCAACGACAGCUGGGCUUGUCCAACAAUGCUUCCAGAUCAGACCGAAAAUCCCGGGUGUAUGGAUGCUGAGACGCAGUUGAGAUUGGGAUCCCUUGGGAAAGAGAUAAACGUGCUGAUGGGAUGGAACUCUUUUGGAGAAACAUGUGGUUCAGAUCACACACUAAAGGAGACAUGGAGAAAAAGUAAUUAUUUCAUCGCUGAAGAAGCAGCAGAUUUCUCUUCAAAAAGUAAUGAGCCUCCGGAAUAUUUUCGAGCUUUACUUGCGGAAAGCCUACGUGGUAGCGUUGCACUGCAGACCAUGCUAUCAACAUCAUUGCAAAUUCUCACCAGUGAUUCGGAUGGAUUCCUUCUGGUAGUUAUUUGUAGAUCAACUGAGAAGGGUACUUCAGAUGGCGUGGAUAUUCUUCAGCUAGAUGAGGCUGUUAAAGUUGCGAUUCAUUUUCUUGGGGAAGCGGUAGACGAAACGCUUAUACUUACUACGUUUACGCCGUUCCAUUCAGGACAAGAUAUCUCAAGCGAUACAUUGGUUCAUGCAACAGGUCCAAUGGCGCACCUUUUUCGGAACAUACAUGACCCUACAUUCAUAGCCCAUGUGAUAUCAUACGCAGCUCGAAUUGGACGCUUUCGCGAUAGAUUGCUCUUUAGUUCGCUGCUACAGUGGUUUUGAAUUGUAGCACGAUUAUCCUCAUAUUCAUCGUACAUAUGUAUGGAAUUUCUUUCUUCAAUCGUGCCACACAAAGAUGAAUGUUUUGAAAUUGUGUAUUUGUUGCUGAUAAACAUAAUUUGAUUACAAUAUUGUUCGUAUCUUUAAAUAGUUAUUUCAGUUAUCAUUUCGAACAAACCAAUGCCUGCCCUAUUUGUAUUGUUAUCUCUGCGUAGGAAUUGAUAUUUUCAAGCAUCAAUAUAAUAAGUUGAACAUAUAUAUAACACAAAAAAAACCAGAGCAAAGUUUGUGGUAAAAAAUAUGGGAAAUAUAAUCAAACCCGCUGAAAAACGUGGCUAGAGUAAGUAUUCAAAAACAAUAUUUUCGGCGACAUGAAAAAAGAAAUUAUUUUAUUUAAUUGAUUGAAAAAAUAGCGAAUAACAAUAUUCGAAUUGAAAUGGGUUGCUUUCAAAAUUGACCGAGCAGUUUUUUGCUGACACGUUCGUUAA